AUGCCUAACAUACUGGAUGCUUCUGCUUUGUUAUCCCUUAUUCCUUCACUCCUACCAGAGUCGGACAAAAAGCUUCAAACACCUCAGGAUGGCCUUGCAGCGCUCUCUCAUUCCAUCUUGUCCGCUUUAGCUUUUCGUCUUGUUGCUGUCGACGAGUCUUCCCCAACAUCUCACAACUUUAGUAACACCCUUCCUACCGGAUGGAAUAAGAAUGGCCCUGGGAACUACACUUUCCGAUAUAAACACGAUCAGAGCAGCCUUGAUUUCCUCCUCAAAAUAUCCAGUAUGGGUUCUCGUCUACUUUUCAAUGCUAUCGCCACAGAAAGUGAAAAAGUUGCCUCUCUAGAUAUAUCCACGAACAACUUCAUAUCGCCAGCUUCCUUCCCUUACGACCUCGGCGAGGCGGUCACACAACCUCUUGUUCAUUGCUUCAUAUCCUCUGCUCGAGUUACCGACUUUGUCUCUGAAUACAAGUUAAAGGUGAUUCAGAAGCUUGUUCCAGGACUGCGGAAAGAUGGCUAUACAGAGGAACCCACGGCUACUGAGCAACCCUCUCACUCAGCUACUCGGCUGCAGCAGAGUAAUGAUAACAUAAAUCGUGACGCUCGGCCUCAAGUGCCCCAGUUCCCCCGGUACGAUCCGUAUGAAGAGUUUCCGCGCCGCGGUCCCUCCCAUCUGCCCCCGCAAAAUCCACUCCAGAUAGGACGGCGGGACUUGGAUCCUCUGCCUGGCGGUAGUUUCCAUCCACCGCCUCUUUUCCCUCCUGAUAACGACGACGGUAUGUUUGUCGGCCCAAAUCAUCCCAUUUUCGGUGGUAGGAGUCAGCAGCCUGGUGCCCGUGGUCCCUGGGGUGGAGAUGGUUUUCUACCUCCUAUGGGCGCACCUCCUGGUGCUAGAUUCGAUCCUGUCGGACCGACUCUUGGUCCCUUUCCCGGAAACCUAGGUCCCUCAGGGCGUGGAAGAGGCGGUGUCCCCGGGGGUGGGAACAUGCGCAGCCCAGACAACGACGAAUUCAUGCCUCCAGGCUUCGGUGGUAUGUACAUGUAA